UUUUUACCAGCAUGGACUCUGAUAGAUCCUUGUCUGGUACGCCGGGUACACCUGGAAGCAAUAUGAGCACAUCUAGCUCUUCGGCUCCUGGCGAUCGUAUUAUAUCUGUUAAAUCCUCUAUUGAUGGUAUUGGUUGGGACCCAGAGCGACGUGAAAGGCUCGAAGAAUAUGUAGUGACAGUCCACAACAUCACUACACACGCAUACUCACUCUCAAAGUACAUUUUUUUGCGUGCCAUUCAAGAAGAUGAGAACUUUGAUAUCAGGCGAUGUAUCAAUCGUGAUUUUUUUGCAGAGGUCUGGCUCAAACUGACUCGGUAUGCACGAGGAAGGGCUGGCGGAAGAACUGCGGCGACUCGUGCAUUCAUUGACACUUAUCUUGAUGACUAUUUGGAGGUCACUGGUUUUGUUCCACCAGAUUUCCUUUAUGGUCAGCAAGCAUCUUUAAUCGAAGGAGCAAAGAUCUUUACAUCUUAUAGCAACAAUGUUCAGAUGCGUUUGGGAAGUCAUCUUAGACAAGCUGUUAAUCAUCUACUUCGUAUUCGACAAAGAAAAGCCGAAUUAAUUGCUUAUAGAAGACGUGAAGGAUUAAUUGAUGCACUGAUAAAAUCUGAAGUAUACAG